AUGCGUCUCCGCCGCCUCCCCCCGCUCUCCCUCCUCCUCCUCCUCGUCCUCCUCGCCGCCGGCGGCGCGGCGGACGGCGACGCGGACGCGCUGCUCGCGGCCAAGGCGGCGCUGUCGGACCCCACGGCCGCGCUCGCCUCCUGGGCGGCGGGCAACGGGACGACCGGCGGGUACGCGCACUGCGCGUGGGCGGGCGUGUCGUGCGGCGCGCGCGGGGCCGUCGUGGGCCUGGCCCUCGGCGGGCUCAACCUCUCGGGCGCUCUGCCGCCGGCGCUGUCCCGCCUGCGCGGCCUCCUCCGCCUCGACGUCGGCGCCAACGCGCUCUCCGGCCCCGUCCCGGCCGCGCUCGGCCACCUCCGCUUCCUCACCCACCUCAACCUCUCCAACAACGCCUUCAACGGCUCCCUCCCGCCGGCCCUCGCGCGCCUGCGCGGCCUCCGCGUGCUCGACCUCUACAACAACAACCUCACCAGCCCGCUCCCGCUCGAGGUCGCGCAGAUGCCCAUGCUCCGCCACCUCCACCUCGGCGGCAACUUCUUCUCCGGCGAGAUUCCGCCCGAGUACGGCCGCUGGUCGCGGCUGCAGUACCUCGCCCUCUCCGGCAACGAGCUGUCCGGGAGGAUACCGCCGGAGCUCGGGAACCUCACCAGCCUCAGGGAGCUCUACAUUGGCUACUACAACGCAUACUCCGGCGGGGUCCCGCCGGAGCUCGGCAACCUCACCGACCUCGUGCGCCUCGACGCCGCCAACUGCGGCCUCUCCGGGAAGAUCCCGCCCGAGCUCGGCAGGCUGCAGAAACUCGACACCCUGUUCCUGCAGGUGAACGGCCUCACCGGCGCCAUACCGUCGGAGCUGGGCAACCUUCAAAGCCUCAGCUCCUUGGACCUCUCCAACAAUGCGCUCGCCGGCGAGAUACCGCCCAGCUUCUCCCAGCUCAAGAACAUGACGCUGCUCAACCUGUUCCGGAACAAGUUGCGCGGCGACAUCCCCGACUUCGUCGGCGACCUGCCAAGCCUCGAGGUGCUGCAGCUCUGGGAGAACAACUUCACCGGCAGCGUGCCCCGCCGCCUCGGCGGCAACAAUCGCCUCCAGCUGGUCGACCUCUCCUCCAACAGGCUCACCGGCACGCUGCCGCCGGACCUCUGCGCCGGGGGCAAGCUGCACACGCUCAUCGCCCUCGGCAACUCCUUGUUCGGCUCCAUCCCCGACUCCCUCGGCCAGUGCAAAUCCUUGAGCCGUAUCCGUCUCGGAGAGAACUACUUGAACGGCUCCAUUCCCAAGGGGCUCUUCGAGUUGCAGAAGCUCACUCAGGUCGAGCUGCAAGACAACCUCCUCACCGGCGACUUCCCUGCUGUGGUCGGCCCCGCGGCGCCUAAUCUGGGGGAGAUCAACCUGUCCAACAAUCAGCUCACCGGUGCAUUGCCGGCAUCCAUUGGAAACUUCUCUGGUGUUCAGAAGCUGCUACUUGAUCGCAACUCGUUCUCCGGCGUGUUGCCUGCCGAGGUUGGGCGGCUGCAGGAGCUGUCAAAGGCCGACCUUAGCGGCAAUGCGAUCGAGGGAGGUGUGCCGCCGGAGAUUGGGAAAUGCCGGCUGCUCACUUACUUGGACCUGAGCAGGAACAACCUCUCCGGGAGGAUUCCUCCGGCCAUCUCUGGAAUGAGGAUACUGAACUACCUCAACUUGUCCAAGAACCACCUUGAUGGAGAGAUACCUCCAUCCAUCUCCACAAUGCAGAGCUUGACGGCGGUCGACUUCUCAUACAACAACUUAUCCGGGCUCGUCCCAGGGACCGGCCAGUUCAGCUACUUCAAUGCCACAUCUUUCGUUGGCAAUCCAAACCUGUGUGGACCAUACCUUGGUCCAUGCCGCCCUGGCAUUGCUGAUGCUGGUCACACCAACCAUGGCCAUGGAGGGCUGUCUAGUACCAUCAAGCUGCUCAUUGUGUUAGGCUUGCUUCUUUGCUCCAUUAUAUUUGCCACCGCGGCGAUUCUGAAGGCGCGGUCGUUGAAGAAAGCCAGUGAUGCACGGAUGUGGAAACUCACUGCAUUCCAGCGCCUUGAUUUCACCUGUGAUGAUGUGCUCGAUUCCCUGAAAGAGGAGAACAUUAUUGGCAAAGGCGGGGCUGGAACUGUGUACAAGGGAUCAAUGCCCAAUGGUGAUCAUGUGGCCGUGAAGAGGCUCUCUGCAAUGGUCCGUGGCUCAUCGCAUGAUCAUGGAUUCUCAGCAGAGAUACAAACACUUGGGAGGAUUCGGCAUCGCCAUAUUGUGCGCCUGCUAGGCUUCUGCUCAAACAAUGAGACCAACCUGCUGGUGUAUGAGUAUAUGCCCAAUGGUAGUCUUGGGGAGCUUCUCCAUGGCAAGAAGGGCGAACACCUGCACUGGGACACUCGGUACAAGAUUGCCAUUGAAGCUGCCAAGGGGCUGUGCUACCUGCACCAUGAUUGUUCACCACUGAUACUUCACCGUGAUGUCAAGUCGAACAAUAUACUUCUUGACUCUGACUUUGAAGCUCAUGUGGCCGACUUCGGGCUGGCGAAAUUCCUGCAGGACACCGGCGCAUCAGAAUGCAUGUCUGCCAUUGCUGGUUCAUAUGGCUACAUUGCUCCAGAAUAUGCAUACACCCUCAAGGUCGAUGAGAAGAGCGACGUCUACAGCUUCGGCGUGGUGCUUCUGGAGCUCGUCACCGGGCGUAAACCUGUGGGGGAGUUUGGCGACGGCGUCGACAUUGUCCAGUGGGUCAAGAUGAUGACAGGCCCAAACAAGGAGCAAGUGAUGAAGAUCCUGGACCCGAGGCUGUCGACCGUGCCGGUGCACGAGGUCAUGCACGUAUUCUACGUCGCCCUGCUGUGCACCGAGGAGCACAGCGUGCAGCGCCCGACGAUGCGGGAGGUCGUGCAGAUCCUGAGCGAGCUCCCAAAGCCAGCUGCCAACCAAGAUGGAGAAGAAGAGCUUCCUCUCUCCUGCGAAGGACCUGAAUCCAACCCUCCUGCCCCAACCAGUUACACCGAGGCACCAGCCGGCGACGCGAAAGAUCAGCAGCCGCAGCAGCAGCACACAAGCUCGGAGUCGUCGCCUCCUGAUCUCAUCAGCAUCUGA